CCUCCCGCUUCCACCUACUCUGCCGCGUCUGCGCACGCGCGCUCCUUCCGGCGCUCGGCCCCGCCCUCCCCGUCACCGUAACAACCAUUCCAGCCCUCUCCGCGCCCCUCUUUGCUCCAGUCCUAGCACCCCUCCCCCGAGCCGGCGGUUUAGUGGCGGCCGCCGAACGGCGGAACGGCGAGGACACCGCGGAGCCGCCGCCAUGAGCGCCCCCCACCGCCCCGAGUCCCCGGCUCGGCCUUUCUGACACGAGGUGUGAGAGGGUUGCUGUUGUACUGCAAUCAUGGUGCAGAAAUACCAGUCACCCGUGAGGGUGUAUAAACACCCCUUUGAAUUAAUUAUGGCUGCCUAUGAAAGGAGGUUCCCUACAUGUCCUUUGAUUCCAAUGUUCGUGGACAGUGACACUGUGAAUGAAUUUAAGAGUGACGAUGGGGCCAUCCACGUCAUUGAGAGGCGCUGCAAACUGGAUAUAGAUGCACCCAGGCUGCUGAAGAAGAUUGCAGGCGUUGAUUACGUUUACUUUGUCCAGAAAAACUCACUGAAUUCUCGGGAACGUACUCUGCACAUUGAGGCCCACAAUGAAACGUUUUCUAACCGGGUCAUCAUUAAUGAGCACUGCUGCUACUCUGUUCAUCCUGAGAAUGAAGACUGGACCUGUUUCGAGCAGUCUGCAAGUUUAGAUAUCAAGUCCUUCUUCGGUUUUGAAAGUACAGUGGAAAAAAUCGCAAUGAAACAGUAUACGAGCAACAUUAAAAAAGGGAAAGAAAUCAUCGAAUACUACCUUCGUCAGCUAGAAGAAGAAGGCAUCACCUUCGUGCCCCGCUGGACGCCUCCUUCCCUUGGGCCCUCUUCAGAGCCAGUGUCUGCGAGCAAGACUCAGGCAGCGUCCUCAGCUGUCGUCCCCCCAGAUACUGGCCUCAAGGAGGGGCUGAGCAGUGAGGCCCUCAGCAGCCCCGCCGCAGUGUCUGAGCCCAUGGCGGGAACCCCUGACGACAAACUAGAUGCAGACUACAUCAAAAGAUACCUGGGCGAUCUGACUCCACUUCAAGAGAGCUGCCUUAUCAGACUUCGCCAGUGGCUCCAGGAGACCCACAAAGGCAAGAUCCCAAAGGAUGAACAUAUUCUUCGGUUCUUACGGGCUCGGGAUUUUAAUAUUGACAAAGCCAGGGAGAUCAUGUGUCAGUCAUUAACUUGGCGAAAGCAACACCAGGUGGACUACAUCCUGGACACCUGGACCCCGCCACAGGUCCUUCAGGAUUACUACGCCGGAGGCUGGCAUCACCAUGACAAAGACGGGCGGCCACUCUAUGUGCUCAGGCUCGGGCAGAUGGACACCAAAGGCCUGGUGAGGGCCCUCGGAGAGGAAGCACUGCUGCGAUAUGUACUAUCUAUAAAUGAGGAGGGGCUGAGGCGGUGUGAAGAAAACACAAAAGUCUUUGGUCGGCCAAUCAGCUCCUGGACCUGCCUGGUGGACCUUGAAGGUUUGAACAUGCGCCACCUGUGGAGACCCGGUGUCAAGGCCCUGCUGCGCAUCAUCGAGGUGGUGGAGGCCAACUACCCGGAGACGCUGGGCCGCCUCCUCAUCCUCCGGGCUCCCCGGGUCUUCCCUGUCCUCUGGACGCUGGUUAGUCCAUUCAUUGAUGACAAUACCAGAAGGAAAUUCCUCAUUUAUGCAGGAAAUGACUACCAGGGUCCAGGCGGCUUGCUUGAUUACAUCGAUAAAGAGAUUAUUCCAGAUUUCCUGAGUGGGGAGUGCAUGUGUGAAGUGCCAGAGGGCGGCCUGGUUCCCAAGUCUCUGUAUAGGACUGCAGAGGAGCUAGAAAACGAAGACCUGAAGCUCUGGACCGAAACCAUCUACCAGUCUGCGAGCGUGUUCAAGGGUGCCCCGCAUGAGAUUCUCAUCCAGAUCGUGGAGGCCUCUUCAGUGAUCACUUGGGAUUUUGAUGUGUGCAAAGGGGACAUUGUCUUUAACAUCUAUCACUCCAAGAGGUCGCCACAGCCGCCGAAAAAGGACUCGCUGGGUGCCCACAGCAUCGCCUCUCCAGGCGGGAACAACGUGCAGCUCAUAGACAGGCUCUGGCAGCUGGGCCGCGACUACAGCAUGGUGGAGUCGCCGCUCAUCUGUAAGGAAGGCGAGAGCGUGCAGGGCUCACAUGUGACCAGGUGGCCGGGCUUCUACAUCCUGCAGUGGAAGUUCCACAGCAUGCCAGCGUGUGCGGCCACCAACCUGCCACGGGUGGAUGACGUGCUGGCCUCGCUGCAGGUCUCCUCUCACAAGUGCAAAGUGAUGUACUACACCGAAGUGAUCGGGUCCGAGGAUUUCAGAGGUUCCAUGACCAGCCUGGAGUCCAGCCACAGUGGGUUCUCCCAGCUGAGCGCCGCCACCACUUCCUCCAGCCAGUCUCACUCCAGCUCCAUGAUUUCCAGAUGGCGAUUUUGCUGACAGCUGCCAAGAAAAUGCUUCACUCAACAGUCCACAUGUGCCCAGAGAUGUUUCUAGAACUCUUUGAAUUGCAGCCAUGUCCCCACCCUAUGCUGAAGAUCUGUCCUUUAUAAGUUGAUUCGGAAGUGGCACUGUUUACCCCCAAAGAACUGAGGCAUCUUUAAGAGUUCAAAGCACACGACCACACAGAUGCUUGCAGGGUCCCUGAGGAAUGCGCCACCUUGUCCUUGCAGGAGCUGCAGGACGUGUGUGACCUGAUCUUGUAGUCCGCCGUGUCUUUUGUGUCCUGCCACUUUUUAAAAGAUGCUGCUGUCCUUCCCCUUUUUCAGUACUAACGAUUCUUUUGGUUUUCCCUCCUAAUACUAGCAUCUUAAUUCACUUUCCUUCCUAAAUUCAACAUUUGUAUAUCAAAUUCUGUAAAUGUUUUGUAAGCAUAUUACCUCGCUCUUGGUAAUAUAAUACUGAUAGUCUUUAAAAGAUUUUUUUAUUGUUACCAAUAAUAAAUGUGAACUGUUUAAA